AUGACGCGCGCCCAGCAGACGCUCUCUGUGCUCCUGCUUGUAUCCUCUCUCUACCUAUCUCUUUAUCUCGGUCUCGUUCCGCUUAACGAGACUGUCCAGCAAGAAAUCAUCCCCGUCCUCCCUUUCUAUGCUCUAAUAUCUUUCGGAUGCUACCUUCUCGGCCGCCUGGGUCUAGCCAUCUUCACUUUCCACGAUGUGCCCGAGGCACACGAGGAGCUGCAAGGUGAAAUUGAACAGGCUAAAGCUGAACUGCGCCGCGUGAACGUUGACGUCGAUUAA